AUGGGUUCGGCCCCGUACACGGGGGUACACGGGGUGCCUCAACAACCUUUCCUCGUACUCCGCGCAUCCCCCGCAUUCCCCGCGUCCCCACCCCCUUCCCCACUCCUCCCCACUCUCUCCCCCCCCUUCCCCCUCCCCCUAUCACCCCUCCCCCCCCCCCCCCCCCCCCUCCCGACUCCCCCUCCUCCUUCUCCCCCCUCCCCCCCCGGCGCGCAGGUGAACGUGGGGCUGAUCAAGGUGUUCAACGGGUUCGGCCCCAAGGCGCCGGACCUGGCGUACUGGGGGUACACGGGGUGCCUCAACAACCACUCCUGGAUCAAAUACGCCGAAGAAACGCAGUACGCCAAGCCCUGGAUGACCAACGCCUGGCUCGCCUUCGUUGACGGUCAGGACAGGCCGAUGAUAGAGAAGUCGCUGGGGUGCGAGUUUCAGAGCAUCAACAGCUUGGAAGCGAAAGUGAGCGCGCGAAAGGACUGCUACGUGGUGAACCUCUUCCAGUUCAGCCCAUUCUUCAACUGGCCACAGUGCACCGACUACUCCGAUCGCUUUGGCGAGGGGUGCAGCAACCUCAACACCAAGUGGAAGAGCCGCGGCAGCCCGCCGUACCGCUUCCGAAACGGCCACAUCGGAUUCAGUGAGUUGGAGGAGGCUGGGAUCGGGUUCAAGAAGUGGGCGGCUGGGUUUAGGUUCAGUGAGUUUGGGGCUGGUGUCUGCAACUCGACCGCCAUGUCCUUCACAAUGUAUGACAUCACGAACGCGUCCAACCCGCUGAUGGUCUUCGGCGACUCGCAGCCCGCCACGGGCAGCAACCCCAUCUACCCCAUGGUGCUGCCCACGCCCAUCCCCCUGGGCGACAAGCCCGCCACGGGCAGUAACCCCAUCUACCCCAUGGUGCUGCCCGCGCCCAUCCCCCCGGGCGACAAGGUCGUGCAGCCCUUCCCCGACGACUUCAUCGGCCGCCGCUACGAAGGCCACUGCCGCUACCGCCACCCUCCCCCCGUCUGGGGGACACUGUUUGCUCCCAUGCUCCUUGGGCUUCUGGUGCUGCUUGUCGCGGUGCUGCUGACGUUUAUCAUAGUGUCGCUGGCGAGGAAGAAGGCGCGGAUUCGGCAGCAGAUGGCGGAGGUGGAAGAGUAUACGCUCGCGUUGGAGCAGGCGGAGAGGUCGAAGAGCGAGUUUGUCGCGAACCUGUCGCAUGAACUGAGGACGCCUAUAACGGGGAUGUUAGGGAUGAUGGACUGGCUGCUGGAGUCGAGCCUGUCGGAGUGGCAGCACCGGGACCUGCUGGAUGCAAAGAUGUGUGCCGUGGAGGCCAUUGGGCUGCUCAAUAGCGUUCUGGAUCUGGCCAAGCUUCAGGCCAACCGCUUGGUGCUGGAGGCCUUUCCGUUCAGUCCGCACCAGUGUGCUGAUCUGGCCGUGCGCGCCCUCAUGCCCGACGCGCACAAGAAGAACCUCCAGUUCAUGGUCAGGAUGCAUGCGAGUGUGCCCGACGUACUGAUAGGCGACCCCACCCGCGUGGGCCAAGUCAUGCGCGAGCUCAUCAGCCACGCCAUCCGCAACACAGUGUCAGGCCGGGUAAUCCUCCACCUCUGGUGUGUGCCCGCUCCCGUGCCUGUCCAAGCCAUUGCCGAGGCUGCCGAACCUGACCUGGAGGCCUGGAUCCAAGGCUUGGAGGUCCGGGGAGAGGCCAAGGAAAUCGAAGGAGGCGUAUAUGGUGGUAAAGUGGCUGCUGCUGCAAACGAGGAUACUCAUAUUGAGUAUGAACGGCAACGGGAGGAACUACUGGCUCGGAUGAAGAGGAGUGGCAGUGCUGAAUGCUGUGGUGCUGCUGCUAGGGAUGCUGGUGGUGACGAUAGUUCUAGCAGUGAGGAUGCUGCUAAUGGUCCUGCUGCUGCUCGUGGCAUUGGCUGUUUUGGCUCGAGGCAGAGCAGUGGGCGGGAGAUGGGCGGCAGCGGGCGGAAUAUGGGCGGCAGGAACGGAUCAUUAAAUGACUGCUGCGAAGCGAGCUUCAGAUACAGCCUGGCCCAGAAUGAUCCUCGGUUUUCCGACUUGCCAAUGAAUGCAUACAUCCAGUCAGCCGGUGCUGGAAGCAGCACCAGCGCCAGCGCCAACACACAUACGCCCAAUGAGCACGCUCCCCCCCCCAUCGCGCUCUCUCUCCUGACCACGCUGCCUGGGAGGCUGCUCAAGAGAGUGAUGGGCGCAGGGGGAGGUGACAGUGCGUCGGGGAAAUCACGCGGAGGGAAGGGGUUUCAGGACGCGUGGACGCCGUACCCUGUGCGCUUCCUGCUGUCUGCCAGCCUGGAUGCGUGGACGCCGUACCCCGUGCGGUUCCUGCUGUCUGCCAGCCUGGUGAGUGACAAAGGUGAGCCUCAUGUGCGGGUGAGCCUCAUGCGCGGAUGCAUGGGCGUGGCCACACAGGAGCACGUGGGCUCCACCAUCAUGGUCUCCGUGCCAAUGAAAACGCGCCACGUGGCACCACCCACAGCAGCAGCAGAGGACGGGGAGGACGACGUGGGAGAGGAGGAUGGAGAGGAGGAAUGGGAGGAAAAGGAAGAGGGGGAGUGGGAGGAGGAGGGAAUGGAGGAGGCUUUGGCAUGGGUGGAGAUGAAGUGGGGCACGAGGGAGGUGGUGGAGGGGAGGAGAGCACUCGUGGUGGAUGGGGAUGACGCAAGGGCAGAGCCUCACUUCAUCUACUCUCCUCUCCUCCAUCUCACCCCACCCUCUCUUUCCCUCCAUCCCUCUCCCGCCAACUGCUCUCCUCCUCCCUCCUCCCUCACACAGGCCACAGUCACAGCCCUUAGGUACCUGGGCAUGCAAGCAGCAGUCGUUGGCACACAAGAGGAAGCCACUCGGACGAUUCUGGGAAGGCAGCCGGAAGCUGCGUGGCGGUUUGCAGAGAAGAGGAUGGGGGAGGCGAGGAGGAGGGCGAAGAGGGGGAAGGGGAGGGAGGAGGGAGCGGGGGAGGGGAAUGGGGAGGGGGAGGCGAAGGGGGAGGAAGUGGGGCAGAGGGACGAAAAGGGAGAAAGCAAGGUGGAGGGGGAGAGGAAGGAGGAAGCAGAGAAGAAUGAGCAGGAAGAGCAGGCAGAACAGGUGGAGCAGGAGGAGCAGGAGGAGCAGGAAGAAGAAAAAGUGGAUGAGAUGGAGGGCCCAUGGGACGUUGUGUUUGUAGAAGCAGAUGCGUUCAACAGCGGGGUUACCUCCAAGCCUAGGGGUAGCAUCACCGAUGCUGGGGCUCAGAGCAAGCCCGGGAACGGGAACGGCUCAGAUGCUGUGGCAGGGAAGUCGGGGAUCGGUUUCGGCCGUCGGAUCAAGUUUGACCACCGCAGCCUUGUUCUCUUCCACUCCGCCAGUGCUGCUGCUCGUGCUCCCGGGCCGGGCUGCGCGGGUGUGAGCUACGCCAGGGCGCUCGCAGCAGGCUUUGCGGAUACACUCCCCCAGCCAUGCCUUGUGGCCGACCUCGCUCAGGCCCUCGCAGCAGGCUUUGCCGACACGCUCCCCCAGCCCUGCCUCGUGGCCGACCUCGCUCAGUGCCUGCACGCGGUGAGUGGUUUCACUGGUAAUUAG